AUGAGUUUAGAGGAAAUAUGUGGAUUUCCGUUCAUUAAUGAAAGUUUAGUGUAUGAUAAUAGUUUAAAUAAAUACUGCAGAAAUUUCCAGAACAACUUGAGUUUGGAAGUUCCUCCUUUUUCUAUUGAGAGCCAAAAUUUCUCCAAAUUAAGCAAAGACGAUCACGGUAGAGAUAUCAAAAUCAACUUCGAUCACGGCACUACUACCUUGGGGUUCUUGUACAAAGGGGGCGUAGUGUUAGCGGUGGAUUCCCGCGCGACUGGCGGCCAAUUCAUCGGCUCACAAUCCAUGAAGAAAAUUGUCGAAAUCAACAACUUUCUAUUAGGUACCUUGGCCGGAGGAGCGGCCGAUUGCGUGUACUGGGACCGAGUUUUAUCGAAGCAUUGCAGGAUGUACGAGCUGAAAAACAAGGAGCGCAUCUCGGUGGCUGCGGCUUCGAAGUUAAUGGCCAAUAUGGUUUAUAAUUACAAAGGAAUGGGCUUGUCGAUGGGCAUGAUGCUCGCCGGAUGGGACAAAAGGGGUCCUCAACUUUACUAUGUCGAUUCGGAAGGGCUCAGGACACCGGGGCAAGUGUUCAGCGUAGGUUCCGGCUCUAUUUACGCUUUUGGUGUGCUGGAUUCGGGUUACAAAUGGGACUUAUCCGAUGAGGAAGCCUUCGAUUUAGGGCGUAGAUCGAUUUAUCACGCUACUCACAGGGACGCCUAUUCGGGCGGUAUUGUAAGAGUUUAUCACAUUAACGAAACAGGUUGGAGUCAUGUCGACGAUAACGACUGUAAUGAUUUGCAUUACAAGUUUAUGGAAGAGAAGGCGAAGAUGGAAGGUGUUCAAUGGGAGUACUCGCAUUAA